UGCUUAUAGUUUUCAUUGUAUAAUCAAAAGACUUACAAUAUACAUUAGUUUUUCUUUACCAAAUUUACUAAAAACUUACAAAAAUAAUUAUGAGAAAAGCCAGAAGAGUGAAACAGAAAGCCAAAAGGAACAUCGAAGAUGUACCGUUUUACAAGUUUGUAUACCGGAGAGACGAACUGCCGCUAGAUCCAGCCAGGAGCUUCAUAGAGGAACAAAUUGCGAAAAUCAACGUCAUAAAGCCACCGUGCUUCAGCAAAGACUACAGCCUGCACCGUUAUCCUAGAGGAGAUGGUCGAAAAUUCCACGAUUUACUUCUGCCGGAAAAACUCUCCUCCACCGAGAGUCCAGAAUACCCUCUGAGCGGAUCCUCUUCUUCCGGCUCUCCACUGCAGAAACAACUACCGGAUGUUACCGAACAGCUCAUCCGACUGUACAAACACCUACGGUUAAAGAUAUUCCAUGAUCUAGCGCUAACUAAGCCACUCCUGAUGGGUAACGAGUUUUUUCGACGCUACGGAAGGUCCGGUCAAAAUGGCCGCCGCAAACUGCCCGCCAUUCGGCGCCAGAAGCGCUCGAAAAAGUUCCACUUUGACGAGUUUGCCUACCGUACGCCGGAGGAGAAUGACGAAGCGCUGCUGCGCAUCCAGCGCCAUCUGGAUCGAAUGAUUGCCAAAAGCAUCCGGGAGGCGGAGAAACGCCGCCAACAGAAGGAGGAGCAGGCACGAAAAGCGCAGGUGUGUGCUUCAACAACUAAAGGAAAAAAUGUGUAUUCAGUUAAAAUUAAACGUAAACGGCUGAGUAACGAGCAAUACAUCAAGAAACUGAAGUUGGACGAGAGUCUCAAGCUCAAGUAUCUGCAGGCCCUGCUGCCAGAGCAUCCGGACGACCAGAAGCGUAAAAUCCUGGACAAAUUCGAUAAAUGCUACCGCACAGCCUUCGAAGGUUUCGAUGAGGACAUGCGCCAGCGAACCCUUAGCCUCCUGGACGAACUAUCGGUGGAGAAAAUCGAACACUAUCCCUCGCAUCUGAUCAAAAAAAUCCUUCCUCGGAUCGAUGACCGCAUAUGCUAUCUCAGUGCGGCACACAAGUUUAUCCUGGAGGAAGAAAAGCUGUGGCCCAAUGUUCAUCCCGAGGUGAUGCUGUUGGAUUAUCUGUUCGACCCGGAACAUAAUGUUCGUCGUGAACAAGCCGUUUAUCUGACCAUUCUGCUGAUGGAUUUACAAGAGGACUACAGAUACCACGUGAAACGUUCAUUUCUGCGCUAUAUCCUGCGUUCCGAGGAGGAACGUAAUCGAUUGCAACUAAUCGUAGAGCCACCUGAAUUUCCCGUAGCAACCUUGAUCGCACCGGUUCCCUGGAAGUGUUCAAUUCAAGUGGCCAAGAAUCGACUGGAAGAAGUACUAAUGAACAAUCAUCCGGUACUGCAAGCCAUUAACCUGCUCUGGCAUAAAUUGUACGGUAACUUGUUGGUCGUAGACACAGCUAAGUUCUACAAUACGGAUAUCCCGAUGCAUGCGGAUAAAAUAACGGAAACAAUACAUGAAAGUUGCCGAAUUACACGGGAUAUAUUGGUGAACGAUUGGAUGCCCCGUGUAGCCGAUCUGGUGGAUGUUAUGCGUAAGUACUGGAAGGAUCUGGUACCGCGGAACUCCAUACAUGGCGGCCGAGGGACGAUUUUUUUCAACUGCAUCCACGCGCUCACAUCGAACCAUCUACAGGGACUAAUCAAGAAGAGUUUGGAUCACCUUGUUGAUGCUUUAGAGGUUUAUCGCGGUGGAGACGCUCCAGGGCAGAUGUCCAAGCUGAAGAGGAAGCCUUUUAUGACACUGAAUGUAUCUGUUGUUGGAAAACCGGACACUGAAAUAGAGAAAAAUACUGAGAAGAGUGAUCUAUCACUGUACGAAGCGGAUGAUGAUGACCCUAGCAUAUUAACAUCGGAAUCUUCCGAUAGCCCAUUAACAACAACGGCUGAUGAGCGAAGAACUUCAUUCAUAAUGAAAAGCAGUGGCAAAAUUAUAAUCUACCCCUAUAUGGAGGAGCUGCCUGAUCUGUUCAAAAGUUAUUUCGUCAAAAUUCUGAAGGUAGGCUAUAAAAUUCCCAGGUUGGAAUAUUAUUUGACCCAGGAUAAGAAACUCUUGGGUUAUUUGCACUACAUCCGUGACGAUAAUGCGGACAUGGAGAAACUGUACGAACGAGUGAAAGUCAUCGUUUUGGCGAACCAAACUGGACCAACCACGUACUUGUAUCCAAUGUACGAGUAUUAUUUUCCCGUGUUAGCCAACAAAAUGAAAGCUAUAACCGAGAGUAUCUUCUCACAACGUGAGCUACCGUCACUGGAAAUAUUUAAAGACCUCGUAGAUAAGUUCACCGAAUUGCUGCAUGGAAUUUACUUUCUUCGGGAUUUCAUUCCACUGAACCUUUUUAUGUUGGAUAACAGUCGACUCAACCGUGUUCUCGAGAACUUGGUUAAAGAAUUGAAAGCGUUCGUAAUAAAUUACUUCAUCACUCUCAACCAAGUUGAAAACCGUCGCAUCUGCGACGAGUUCGAAGACAUGUCCCUGCAUGCCGGUGAACGACCGAAAGAAACUCCGGAAGUGGUCGCACUCCAAAAUUAUCUAACGCAGUGCCGCGAAGAGCGAAUGUACCAGCUGAAGACCGAGAUCAAGCAAGUUGCGCAGCGUGUUCUCUUCCUCCUGACCUACGCCAUACUCGACAGUAAUAUGCGAAAUUACGAAUUGGUUCGAGAGCGUUACACCCUUCUGAUGUUGGGCUUUAUUUUUCCAGCCGAAGAUAUCAAUCUGAACUCGCGUCUCUUUCUGUGGCCUCAGGAGCUGGAGAAAGUGCUUGAUCUGAGCGGUGCCCGGCUUUCGGUGGUACGUGACAAUCUGGAAACGGCACUCCGCGAACGACGGGUCCAAUUCGAAAGCUAUCUGAAUACCGAGAAGAAAAAAAUGGACCACUUCCGGACACGCGAGAUCCGCGAAAUGCUCUCGCUGGAUGAUUUGCGGGAAAAGGUCGCCACCGUCGAUGGCUUGAUGUUGAUCCUGGAGAAAUGUAGUAAAGAAGCGAGAGAAAUUAAUCAGGACGAGAAUUUGCUGCAAAUAGACCUCUCGUUCUUCCCAGCGUUGACCGAAAUGAUUGACAGAAUGGCACCUAUCGAGAAGCUGUGGCAUACGGCGUAUAAGUUUGAUUCCUGUCAUGAAGUGUGGUACUUCGGACCGUUCAAAGAGCUGGACGCCACCGUGAUCACAACCGCGGUUGAAGAUAUGUUCCACUCGGUCACGGUGCUGCUCAAAGAACUGGCAGGCAGCCCUCAGGCAAAACGUGUGGCUGAACAGAUUCGUAUGAAGAUCGACAAGUUCAAAAUCUACUUGCCGGUGAUGGAAGCAAUCUGCAGACAAGGCCUCGGCGAGCGUCACUGGGCGCAGAUAUCAGAAGAGCUUGGCCAGCAAGUCAAUCCAGACGUGCAAAACUCGCUUGGACUGAUGGUUGAUAUUGACAUCAUGAAAAUCCAAAAUCGGUUAGAGGAAAUUUCCAACGCCGCCGGGAAAGAGUACGAGCUAAAUAUACAGCUGGUGAACAUGCAGGAGGAAUGGGUUGAUGUGAAGUUUGUGUGCGUCCAGUAUCGCGAUUCAGAUAUAUCGAUCUUAUCGUCAGUGGAUGAUAUUCAAACACUGCUGGACGAUCACAUCUUGAAAGCCCAAGCCAUGCGAGGUUCGCCGUAUAUCGCUGCGCUCGGCAGCAAGGCCACAAACUGGGAAGACAAGCUAAUUUCUAUGCAGGAUAUCAUCGAUACUUGGCUAGAGGUUCAAGCUACCUGGAUGUAUCUCGAGCCUAUUUUCAGCUCGGAAGAUAUUAUGCGACAGAUGCCUACCGAGGGCCGCCAUUUCAAGUCUGUGGACAAAUUAUUCCGCAAAAUUAUGCGUCACACGAUCGCUGAUCCACACGUUAUUCAAGCCACCGACUUUCCGGAUUUGUUGAAUGUGCUCCGAACUGCCUUCAAGGAUUUGGAAGACAUUCAGCGGGGGCUGAAUCUGUACCUGGAGAAGAAGCGUUUGUUCUUUGCGCGCUUCUUCUUCCUCUCGAACGACGAGCUGCUGGAGAUUCUAUCCGAAACGAAGGAUCCCAUGCGAGUGCAGCCACACAUGAAGAAAUGCUUCGAGGGUAUUUACUCGCUGCAGUUUGAUCAGCAGAUGGAGAUUACGGCGUUCACCUCCUCCGAGGAUGAGCAGAUUCCUUGCACUAGAAAAAUCAAUCCGGCGCUAGCAAAUGGUUUAGUCGAGCGCUGGCUCAAAGAAGUCGAGGUUGUCAUGUUGGAGAGUGUGAAAGAGCAAAUUUGGCAGUCGUACGACUCGUAUUUCAAGGAUCCCCGCAAAAUGUGGGUUUUGAACUGGCCAGGACAAGUUGUUCAAGUCGUUUCUAGUCUAAAAUGGACCGAAGAGGCGGAGGAAGCGAUCAAAGAGAAUAAGCUGGAAGAAUACUCGAAACAAUGUACGUCACAAAUCGGUGAAUUAGUAGAUCUAGUGAGAGGCAAUCUGACGGCUGGGGCAACCAUCACAAUAGAGGCGUUGAUAGUCGUGGAUGUUCAUGCUCGCGAUAUAAUCGACCUACUGAUUGGAAAGAAUAUAACUGACACUGGGGACUUCAAUUGGUUUUCUCAGCUGCGAUACUACUGGAGGAUUGACGAUGACGACAAGCAAAGCUAUGUGGCUUGCAGUAUGGUUACAACAGAUCUUAAAUAUGGUAUGGAAUACCUUGGGAAUACGGGCCGCUUGGUUACAACUCCGUUGACGGAUCGCUGCUUCCGAACCCUGAUGGGUGCGUUCAAGCUGAACCUCGGAGGAGCACCUGAAGGUCCAGCUGGUACUGGUAAAACUGAGACAUGCAAGGAUUUGGCGAAAGCCGUAGCAAAGAAAUGCGUAGUGUUCAACUGUUCCGACGGGUUGGACUAUAAAGCAUUGGGAAAGUUCUUCAAAGGUUUGGCACAAUCUGGCUCAUGGGCGUGCUUCGACGAGUUCAACCGUAUCGAACUGGAAGUUCUGUCGGUCGUGGCUCAACAGAUUCUGACAAUUCAACGCGCCAUUGCUGGGAAGGUAGUAAAAUUUGUCUUCGAAGAGACGUCACUUAAACUGGAUCCAACGUGUAACAUUUUCAUCACUAUGAAUCCCGGUUAUGCCGGUCGAACGGAGCUGCCGGAUAAUCUGAAGGUGCUGUUCAGAACUGUAGCCAUGAUGGUCCCAGACUAUGCCAUGAUUGGAGAAAUAACGCUUUAUUCCAACGGCUUCGACGAAGCUCGCAUUCUGGCCCAGAAAAUUGUCCAUACCUACAAGCUGUGCUCGGAACAGCUAUCAUCGCAGCCGCAUUAUGACUAUGGUAUGAGAGCCGUGAAAUCGGUACUCACAGCGGCCGGAGCUCUGCGGCGCUCGCAACCUCAGCUCUCGGAAGCGCAGAUCGUGCUGCGAGCGAUUAUUGAUGUGAAUCUUCCGAAAUUUCUACAGCAAGAUAUUCCGUUGUUUGAAGGUAUUUAUAAGGAUCUGUUUCCUGGAGUGGAUCUACCGCCGCCAGCCCGUGAAGAUAUCGUGCGCUUGCUGCUGAUAGAACUGGUUAAACGAAAGCUUCAACCGACUCCGUGGUUCAUCGAGAAGGUAAUGCAGAUAUACGAAAUGCUUCUGGUUCGUCAUGGUCUUAUGAUCGUGGGAGAUUCGAUGGGAGGCAAGACUACGGCCUAUCAAAUGCUGGCCGAAUCUUUGAAAGAACUGCGCAAGGAAAAGGGUCACGGGUGCGAAGAACAGGGUGUUAGUUUUAGGAUAAUAAAUCCGAAAGCCAUUUCGAUGGGACAACUGUAUGGUAGCUUUGAUCCGGCCUCCCACGAAUGGUCCGACGGUGUGUUGGCCAACACUUUCCGAGAGAUGGUUUACACCCACAGCUUGGAACGGCAGUGGAUCAUUUUCGAUGGUCCAGUGGAUGCCGUUUGGAUUGAGAAUUUAAACACCGUAUUGGAUGACAACCGAAAGCUAUGUCUGAUGUCCGGUGAGAUCAUUCAGAUGACAAAGCUAAUGAACUUGAUGUUUGAGCCGGCGGACCUUGAUCAAGCAUCGCCAGCUACGGUGUCACGUUGCGGAAUGAUCUACAUGGAACCAUCGCAGCUUGGAUGGAUGGCACUGCACAAGUCAUACUUGCUAUACCUUGAGGAAAUAGGAGUCAGUGAAAUAAACAUCGGUUUAUUCGAGCAGUUAGCCGAAUGGCUCAUCCCGCCAGCAUUAAACUGGUUGAAAAGCGUGGACACUGUUUUGAACAUGUCCGAGAUGCACCACUAUUCUAUGCUUUCCCAAUUUUUCUCUAUAUUUAUAUCGCGAACAUCAACCUACAACCAAGUUUGGUUCCAGCAGAUAUUCCUGUUCUGCUAUGCGUGGGCCUAUUUUUCGAUCGUGACAGUUGAAGGACGUAAAACAAUCGACUCUCUGUUGCGCAAAAUUCUAUACGGAGCCAACGAAGAGCACCCGAAGCCGAAGCACUUCUCCCUCAACCGGGGACAAAUGUAUCCGGAGAAAAUGAACUUCCUCGACUAUCGCUUCGACGAGCAAGAAACAUGGUGGCCCUGGCUGAAAUCGGAGGAACUAGUCCUACCGGAAAGUUGUGCUGUUUCCGAAUUAAUGAUUCCAACUAAAGAAACCGGUUACAUCCUCUACUGGACGGAGAUGUGCCUUUCCGCUGGUAUGCCCAUUCUACUGGUUGGCCCAACGGGAACGGGGAAAAGUGCCACAAUCGCCAGCUACAUUCGGGAUCUCUCGAAGGCCAAAUUCAUAUCUAACAUCAUCAACUGCUCGGCACGCAGCACGGCCCAACAAAUGCAGGACACCAUCAUGUCCAAACUGGACCGCAGGAGAAAAGGAGUUUUCGGACCUCCCGUCGGCAAGCAGUGCGUUAACUUCAUCGACGACGUAGCCAUGCCCGCGAAGGACGAAUACGGAUCGCAACCCCCGUUGGAGCUUAUAAGACAAUGGUUGGAUCAUAAACUUUGGUCCGAUCUGCGGGAUACCUCCAAGAUAGAACUAAUCGAUCUACUGUUUGUCGGAGCAAUGGGCCUACUGGGGGGUAGCAACUACAUACCCCAGCGUUUGUACCGGCACACAUUUAUCGUAUCCGUGGACUCGUUCGAAGAUUCCACUUUGCUCAGAAUUUUCUCCUCCAUCGGAGAGUGGCACUUCUCGAAGGGCUACCCCGACACCGUUUCUCGUUUGUGCAAAAAUCUUAGCCAAGCGGUCAUUUCUGUGUAUCGCGGAGCAAUCGCAAACUUCUUACCAACACCGGCAAAGUCCCACUAUCUAUUUUCAUUGAGAGAUGUUACUAGAAUAUAUCAGGGAAUCGUUCUGGUACCCGCUAAGCGACUUCCGGACCCCGAAAAGCUGGUUCGGUUAUGGGCCCACGAGACAUACCGUGUAUUCUACGAUCGGUUAAUCGAUGAGACUGACAAACAAACAAUGCUGCGUUUGGUCGACGAUGCAGCCAACACUCAGCUACGCAUGAAGCUGGAGAUCGCUUUCGGCGAUCGCCUGGAGAGUGGCCAACGGGUUAACGACAAACACAUGCGUGAUCUUCUGUUUGGUAAUUACAUGGAGCCGGAUGCGGUCCAGCGAGUCUAUGAUGAGGUUGACAAUUGGACGAAAUUGGAGAAAAAUAUGAACUUCUACCUAAGCGAGUACAAUACACACUCGAAGUCACCGAUGAAUUUGGUCCUGUUCCGGUUUGCUAUUGAGCAUAUAUCGCGAAUUUCGAGAGUUCUGCAGAUGCCACGUGGCCAUGUGCUACUGGUAGGACUUGGUGGUGCUGGGAGACGCAGUUCGGUCAAACUUGCCGCAAACAUGGCCGAUGCAGUUGUGUUUCAGGUAGAAGUCACAAGAAGUUAUUCCAUGAACGAAUGGCGAGAGGAUAUGAAAAAGCUGCUUAUGAACGCCGGUAACGAAGGAAAAUCAACCGUAUUUUUGUUCAAUGAUUCGCAAGCCAAGGAGGAAGCUUUUGUUGAGGACAUCAAUGCCUUGCUGAAUACAGCGGACAUUCCAAAUCUAUUUCAAUCCGACGAAAAAGCCGUCAUCCUGGAGCAGAUGCAACUAAUAGCAAGACAAACUAACAAACCCAUCGAUUCGACAGCUUUGUCACUGUAUAAUUUCUUCGUUGAAAGAGUACGCGAAAAUUUGCACAUUGCCCUGGCCUUUUCCCCAAUUGGAGAUUCGUUCAAAAAACGAGUUCGAAUCUACCCAUCCCUGAUAAACUGUUGUACGAUCGAUUGGUUCUCCGGUUGGCCGGAUGAUGCUCUUCAGAAAGUGGCCGAGAACUUUAUCCGCUCCAUGGAAAUCGAUCAGGAAGCACCACCAACUGAACCUUCUGCAACAUCGUUACAACAGCCAGAAGAUGACCAAGAAAAGCUGAAAACAAGAAAGCUCAACCGUUUUGAAAGAAAACUAGUCGAAUUGGUAAUGUCGUUCAACCGUGGUGUUGUGGAGAAUUCCGAACGGUUCUUCUUGGAGCAAGGGCGAAGAAACUAUGUCACUCCUACGUCCUACUUGGAAAUGUUACGAUCAUUUAACACACUCUACCGCAACAAGUACUCGGAGAUUAUCUCCCAGCGUGAUCGGUACACCGUUGGACUGGAGAAGCUAGAAUUUGCCGCCGGGCAAGUGUCGGUGAUGCAGGAUCAGCUGAAAGAUCUUCAACCCCAGCUUAAAAACACUUCGGAUGAAACCGAAAAAAUCAUGAUUAACAUCGAACGUGAAACGGCCGAAGCCGAGAAGAAGAAGGAAAUCGUUGGAGCGGAUGAAACGGCGGCAAACGAAGCAGCUGCGUCCGCUCAGGCGAUCAAAGAUGACUGCGAAAGCGAUCUACAGGAAGCGGUUCCAGCACUGGAGGCAGCACUCAUGGCGCUGGAUACGCUCAAACCGGCCGACAUAACCGUUGUCAAAUCGAUGAAGAAUCCACCGUCCGGGGUGAAGCUGGUGUUGGAAGCGGUUUGUGUUAUCAAGGGCAUUAAGCCCGAUCGCAAGACGGAUCCAACUGGCAAAGUACUGGAAGAUUAUUGGGGACCGUCGCAGAAAAUGCUGGGUGAUCUGAAGUUUUUGGACAGCCUUAAAACAUUCGACAAAGACAACAUUCCUAUUUCGGUUAUGAAGAAAAUUCGCGAAGUCUACAUUGCCGACCGCGAGUUCGUGCCGGAGAAGAUCAAGAACAUCUCGAUGGCCUGUGAGGGUCUCUGCCGAUGGGUACGCGCGAUGGAGAUCUACGAUCGGGUGGCUAAAAUUGUCGCCCCGAAAAAGGUUGCCCUGGCCGGAGCCGAAGCGGAGCUCGCGAUGCAGAUGGAGAAGCUCAACGCCAAACGGGCCGAGCUGCAGGAAAUCUUGGACAAACUGCAGAAACUGAAUGAUUUCUUCGCCGAAAAAUCCCGAGAGAAAAAACGAUUGGAGGAUGAGAUCGACAGCUGCGAGAAGAAACUGGUUCGCGCUGAACAGCUUAUCGGUGGCUUGGGAGGCGAAAAGAAACGCUGGUCACAGUGCGCGCAAAGUUUACACCAAUCGCUGGAGAACGUUAUCGGAGACGUUCUGGUGGCGGCUGGAUGUAUCGCCUAUUUGGGAUGCUUUUCAACGGAGUUCAGAAGCCGUAUUGUGAGCGAAUGGAAUCGACUUACCUUACAGAAGGAGAUCCCGUGCUCGGAAAAAUUCUCACUAAUCUCGACUCUGGGUAAUGCGUUGGAAAUACGAAACUGGUCCAACUGGGGUCUGCCGACAGACGAAUUCUCUGUGGAAAAUGGCAUAAUAGUUAAGCAAGCUCGCCGUUGGCCGCUCAUGAUUGACCCCGAGGGGCAAGCCAACAAGUGGGUGAAAAAUAUGGAGAAGCAAAAUAAUCUAAAAAUCAUACAACAGUUGGAUCCUAACUACAUGAGGGUGGUAGAAAAUGCUUUGAAUAAUGGAUAUCCAGUUUUAUUGCAAAAUGUUGGAGAAACAAUAGACUCAGUAUUGAAUCCCAUUCUAGAGAAAAAUGUGCUGCGGCAAAGAGGUGCAAAUAUGAUCAAAUUCGGAGAUGGUUUAGUCGAGUACAAUGAGAACUUCCGAUUCUACAUUACUACUAGCCUCAGGAACCCGCAUUAUCUGCCGGAAACGGCAGUAAUGGUUACCCUAAUGAACUUCAUGAUCACAGAACAAGGCUUACGCUCACAGUUACUAGGCACCGUAAUCAUCCAAGAGCGUCCUGAUCUCCAGGAAAAGAAAGAGUCCCUCAUCAUCGAAUCCGCUCAGAACCAGGAAGCUCUGUACAAUGCUGAAGCAAAGAUCUUGCAGGUCCUUUCCUCGUCCGAAGGGAACAUCCUAGAUGACGAGAAUGCGAUCAACAUACUUACCUCCAGCAAGCAACUUUCUGAGGAGAUCCAGGCUAAACAGCUCGUUGCGGUCGCUACUGAAGCGGAAAUCGAUGCUGCUAGGCAACUCUACAUUCCGGUAGCGCGUCACUCAGCGGUUCUUUUCUUCUGCACAACCGAAUUGGCCAACAUUGAUCCGAUGUACCAGUUCAACCUCACCUGGUUUUUGAACAUCUUUGUACAAACAAUUCUCAAAACUCCCAAAUCGGACAGCUUGGACGAACGUUUACAGCUGUUGAUGGAUUACUUCACCACAGCUAUCUAUACCAACGUUUGUCGAUCCCUGUUCGAGAGAGAUAAGCUUAUGUUUUCCUUCGUUCUUUGCUCGGGAAUACUACGCGAAGAGGGCAAGAUAGACGAUCAGGAGUUGUCGUUCCUGCUCACCGGAGGACUUGCCCUUGAUAAUCCUUAUCCUAACCCAGCCCCGGAAUGGCUCUCCGAUAAAGCCUGGACCGAUCUUGUUCGUGCCUGCUCACUGGACUCUCUAUCGCAACUACGCGUCACGUUCCAGGAAAAUUUGGACCAAUGGAAAAAUUACUACGAUUCGAGUACGCCAGAGGAAAUCUCGCUUCCAGCACCAUACCACGAAAACGAUGGUUUAGUGAAAAUCAUUAUACUGAAAUGCUUACGCCCGGAUAAGGUCGUUCCAGCGUUGCAAAAGUUCAUCAUACAAAAGAUUGGCCAAUCCUACAUCGAACCUCCCCAGUUCAACCUACGAACGUCCUAUGAAGACAGCUCCCCUAGAAUACCGCUCAUAUUUAUGCUUUCUCCGGGAUCCGACCCAAUGGACAGUUUGUUGGCAUUUGCAAAUGAAAAAUACAUGGGAGACGACAGCCGGAUCAUUUCGCUUGGUCAAGGGCAAGGUCCGAAGGCUACCAAGACUAUACUGGAUGCCAUCAAGCUGGGUCAAUGGGUAAUUCUGCAGAACUGUCAUGUCGCCGAAUCCUACAUGGAUGAACUGGAGAAGUUGGUAAUGGAUGCCAGCUUGUACGAACAUGUUCACCCGAAAUAUCGAUUGUGGUGUACCUCCUAUCCCAGCAAGAAAUUCCCGGUAUCAAUUCUACAAAACAGUGUCAAAAUGACCAAUGAAGCACCGAAAGGGUUGAAAUUGAACAUGAUGAGAGCGUACACGUCCGAACCACUACAUAAUGAGUCCUUUCUGGAUGAGGCAUUCCACGGAAACGAGGUCACUACGCGGGUGUGGAUAAGGGGAGUUUUCUCCCUAGUAUACUUCCAUGCGGUUGUACAAGAACGCUGUAAGUUUGGUCCGCUCGGCUGGAACAUACCGUACGAGUUCAACGAAUCUGAUCUGAAGAUUUCACUGAUGCAGCUGAAGCUGUUCCUGCAUCAGUACUCGUAUAUACCGUUCGAAGGGCACAUCUAUCUGACGGGUGAGUGCAACUACGGUGGACGCGUAACGGAUGACAAAGAUCGGCGCCUUUUGAUGGCACUGUUGAACCGAAUUUACAAUCCGAAAACCGUGGAGCUGGACGACUAUCAGCUCUCCGAAUCCGGUACCUACCGGGUACCGGUGAAUCCCGUCAAGGCCGAAACCUUGGAGUACCUAUCGACAUUGCCACUGACCGCCCAUCCGGAGGUGUUUGGUCUUCACGAGAAUGCAGAUAUUACGAGAAAUAUAGAUGAAACCAUUUCGCUUCUCGACAGAGUGCUACUAACGCAGAUGCAACUUUUUGCUGGAAAAUCCUCUGGUGGCAAAGAUGAGCAGAAGAUUGAUCCAGUUCUGCAGAUUUGUAUGGAAAUUAUGAAAAAGAUCCCUGAACCAUUCGACGUGGAAGGCACUGCUGAGAAGUACCCGAUUCAAUACACGAAUUCGAUGAAUACAGUUCUGCGCCAAGAGUUAACGCGAUUCAACCGCUUGAUUGUUUAUAUAAAAGCUAGCCUAGUAGACGUUCAAAGAGCGAUUCAAGGUCAAAUCAGUAUGAUUCCUGAGCUGGAACGAGUUUACCGCUCUAUGAAGAUCGGCAAGGUCCCGCAGGCAUGGUUGGCCAAAAGUUAUCCCUCGCUUAAACCACUUGGUAGCUACAUUAACGAUUUCGUAUCUCGGUUGGCAUUCUUCCAACGUUGGAUUGACGACGGCGAACCAAAAGUUUAUUGGAUGAGUGGAUUCUACUUCACCCAGUCCUUCCUUACGGGUGUCAUGCAAAACCAUUCUCGGAAAAAUAAACUACGCAUCGACGAUCUGGUAAUGUCAUUCGAGGUAACGGAAUACGAACAGGAAGAUCGGGUACAGAAGCGAGCCGACAUCGGAACAUUCGUUAGGAAUCGUCGCGGUAAAAACGAGGAUUUCGUAACUUUUGAUGGUUUAUAUCUGGAAGGAGCCCGCUGGAACCGGGAGCUGAAGUAUCUGGACGAAUCACUGCCCCGAGUGCUGUACGAUAUGUUGCCCAUAGUUUCGAUGACCCCAACACCGAAGGAUCGCAAACCCGUUACCGGGCUCAACCGCUACGAGUGUCCCAUCUACAAGACCAGCGAACGACGAGGUGUCCUAUCGACCACCGGCCAUUCGACAAACUUUGUAAUGUUCCUCGAUUUGGACAGCCAACGGCAGCCGGAGCAUUGGAUUCUUCGCGGCACCGCUUGUCUGUGCCAGCUGGACGAUUGAUUCAGCGGCUUUUUCCUAGAACAGAUAUUUAAUCGCUAUUUUAUACACACCAUCACGUUUAGAUGAGUACCUUUCAUGCGAAUAUUUUUAAAAUAAUCGUUUUCACACACUAUAGAGUGAGUUUAGUGCCAGCAAAGAAAUAAAAUUUCCUGAGUGUCUUAGUUGCAGUGCAAAGCAAAUAUAUUUACAUCAUAUCAU